CCCCUUUCCCCCCCCCCCCCCCAUAUUCGCGCAUUUGGACAUCAUAGCCAAUCCUCUCGGAUCGGGUGGCCAUAGCUAGGUGCGGAACAGCUCAUCGUGCGCAUAUUUGUUCCUCCUGGCGAGCGUCUUGUCGCAUCUUUAUUGACAAUCGACACAUCGUACCUCUGUCACUGCCCACGACGUAUGACUUGACCCACGCAAGGAUGAGCUUUUCUGCUGGAACUUCGGCGCCGUUAAACGCAACUUCCCCAGCCAUGGCAACCCCUAGGCCUGUACCUGCCAAUCUGACCUCCCUGCCCUCCCUGCCUUUUGCCAGCUCCUCCAAUUCAAGCCACAACGCUCAUUCGUCUAAGGCCGGACAAGCGGAGCGAUCCAUGCAGGAUACAAGCCUCCAGUCGAAAUCAAGUACCAAUGGGCACAUUGCUUUGGAAUCUGAAACCGAUGGUCGCAUGACACCGCUUGCCAGCGAAUCGGGCGUUCUCGCCGGAAGCGAUUCAAGCCAAUCAGAGAUUCGGCCUUCUUCCCCGCACUCGGUCGCUGUCUCAAAUACUUCCCUGCCAUCCCAGCUCUCGAAAGUCUCACUCAGCAGCAAUUCAUCAAAUUCAGCACAGACUGGACUCGGAUCUUUACAGACCGAGGAGCAAGUCAGGAUCGCAGCAUCAGGGAAAGACCGGAUGUUCCUACUCCUUCUUGCUCGAGAAAUCGAAUCAUUCAUCACUAAAGUGGUGCAGAACGAGCAGCCGUCAGUGACUAUACCACCAGGAACGGCAUCAUCGUCCGCUCUCGCCGCUUUGGGCCCGUCCAUGAUGAUCAGUAGCAGCUUCACCAGCAGCAAAUAUCAGAAAAUGCUGGCAUAUAAAGUGGCCGAGUGGUAUGGGCUGAAGGGAGUAGCGGGACCCGAUGGGUCGAUCGUCAUCGGCGUCAUGGGCACACUUAACCCUAAGACGCCAACUCUACACCUCAGUGACAUCGCGCCCAAGCCUCCGUCCCCCAAGCAAAGCUUCAAAAUCAUGCAGAGGAAUCUUAAUGGGAAUGAUCAAAAUGGCAGUUCUCGAGCGAGUUCAGCAGCAGGAGAUGAGUCCACGAAGCGGAAGACUUUGGAAGAGCGAGAGGCGGAAUACGCCCUUGCUCGACAGCGAAUAUACGGAGAUACUCCAGAGGCAGCGCAGCCGCCAGAGGACGCAGGAGGCGCAGCUUCACCAUUGAGAAAUGCUGCUUUGGGCGACGAGAUUGAUCCUGUACCUCGGUAUCCGACAGGGAUCAGCCCUUACAUGCCUCCCGAACCAGUCUAUGCCUCUCUUGGUCAUCCUCCUAAAGCGGAGCCAGCCAUCUCUCCACCAAGUCAGCAGACUCGGGCGUAUGGCUCGCCAGAUCAUCGUGCUUUCGCAUUCUCGACACCAACGAUGCCCUAUCCAGAGUACGGGAAUCACUCGAUGCAACCUUAUCAAGUACCCCGGAUGAACCAUAAUGGUCAUAUGCCGAAUCGGCACGCCGUGCAGCAGAUGCCAUUUGGGGGCCAGAUGGGUCAGUUCGCCCCGCAGACUGGUGGCGGCUAUGGUAGUCCAUACGGACGGUAUGGAUGGCCCCAAGCUGGUCAGGUGCCGUAUGGUCAACCACCUCUUCGGUCGAUGCCUGAACACAUAGCUAUGCAGAAUACGAUGGCAAUGUCACCCAUGGUGAUGAACGGGACCCCGCAAGCUUGGUAUGGAAUGUCUUACCCAACGGGCCAACCCAUGCCCAUAAUUCCCCAGGGAGUACAAUAUAUGGGUCAGUUCGGCGUAGCGAGCCAUCCCUCAGGACAGAUGUAUCCGCCAAUAAGCGAGCCAACGCCGAUGCGACCCAAUAUCAUGUCAACUCAUCAGGGCUCUGCUGGAUCAUCCUUGUCGUCCAGGUCGUACCAGGAUUUGUCCAGACCGCACUCAAGGGGUUCAACCACCAGCACUCGGUCCGCAACCAGCAGCGCUCGAAUGGGAUACAUGUAUCCCGCUGGGCAGAUGCCAGCGGGUUUUCGCCAACACAGCUACAAGAGCUCGACCUAUAGUGGCGUGUCAAAUCUGGGCACAUCGGAGCGACGAUCGGGUCGAGCACACAGCCCCUCAUCUACCACUACCAUAUCCUCUAGAUCUUCUCGGGUCGCUUCCAUCGUUCUUCAGCCACCUGCUCCGGGGCAACACCAGCUCCCCCAACGUCCAGACUGGGCUGCCAACAAUGUGCCAUACCACCCAUCGCCGAUGCCGUAUCAAGGCGGACCAAUGCCGUCGGGACAGAACGUGUCAGACUUUCCACCACUACAUCGCUAUGCUACCAUCGCCGAGCCGAUGCAGGUGGAAAGGGCCAAAAUGCGGGCUGCACCGACCCGUAACGGCUCUGGUGCAUGGAACGGCCUGGUCAACGGGCCGCCGAACGGAAACAGGGACGUCCAUGCCAACGGGAACUUGAACCAGUCGCAUGAUGUCAAAGACAUUCCGGUCUCAUCCAGUACGCCUCAGCCUCGACCGAUGGCUACCAUCGAUCUGAGUACGCCCGACACACAGGACGAAGUUCCUCGUCUCGCCCCAAGGGCUUCGUUGCCGCAGCCGAGCGAGUUAAUGGACGAAAACACCAUCGUCGCCAGGAAAUCUGACAAUGAGUCAGUAGCGGUAUCGACCGGUACGGCUGCGGAUGUGGUACAGCAGGACCUCAGCCAUGAGGCAAUGUCACCGCAGGAUGUGAUCGAGGCGAAGCUUGCAGCAUUGUCGGUCAGCGCGGGCAUCAGUAUUGGGCCGCCACCAACCAGGGUCCCGCCUCAAUCUUACGCCAAGAUUGUCAAGCGCGAUUGAGGAGACGCCAGAGACUUCCUGGGUGUGACCGGAGUCUGAGAAGUAGCUUUCAGCUUCAUAGCUGUAUCGCAUGCAUUACAUAGUG